AUUAUAAAGAUUACUUCAACAGAAUGUUCCACACCUAUUGGCACAUGACAGUCGAUUAUUUGAAAAGAAAGUAAGAAAAAAAUGAAUAAUUCUAAAACGGCACGCGUUCUUUCAAUUCAAAGUCACGUUGUUUAUGGUUAUGUUGGUAAUAAAAGUGCAACAUUUCCACUACAGCUUCUAGGAUUUGAAGUUGACGCUAUUAAUUCAGUUCAACUGUCCAACCAUACAGGUUAUAAAGUCUUCAAGGGACAAGUACUUAAUGAUCAAGAUUUAGAUCAAUUAAUAGAUGGCUUAACAGAAAAUGAUCUCAAUGAAUACACUCAUCUGCUCACUGGUUAUGUGGGCUCUUCCUCUUUUUUAAAAAAAAUUGUCCAGGUGAUAAAAGCCCUUAAAAUAAAAAACCCGGAUCUUAUUUAUGUCUGUGAUCCUGUAAUGGGAGACGAUGGAAAAUUGUAUGUACCAGAGGAGUUGAAAGACAUUUACAAAAAUGAAAUUGUACCGCUGGCGGACAUUAUAACACCUAAUCAAUUUGAAUUGGAACUUCUUACUGGACUCUCGGUAAAAUCAAUGUCUGAUUUAAAAAAGGCAGUAGAAUAUUUGCAUGGAAAGGGACCAAAAACUGUAGCAGUCUCUUCGUUGUUAGUUGACGAUAAAUUAAUUUCGGUAACUAGUUCAAUCAAAGAUAAUAGGUUAUUAAAAAUUACGAUUCCAAGAAUUCCCGCCAUCUACACGGGUUCUGGUGAUCUGUUUGCAGCUUUACUUCUGGCGCAUACAUUUUUGGAAAAGGAUUUGAAAGUUGCACUUGAGAAGACAAUAAAUACUCUAUUUGAAGUUCUACAAAGAACAUACGAUCAUUCCUUAAGCUUAAGAGGCAAAGAAAUGCAACAAUCACAAAAAAUAGAGUUGCAGUUAAUUCAAAGUAAACGAUGCAUCGAAAAUCCAAAAAUACAACUUAAAGCUGAGAUAUUUUAAUGUUCAAAUGAAAAAAAUGUCUUAAGACAAACAAUUGUCCAUAUAUUUAUACAGGUACUUAAAAUAUUGUAACUUGGGAAAUGAGAAAUUAAUAAUUUAAUACGACUUAAUUUAUAAGAAUCUCUCCAUUAAGAUUACGUUAUUUAGUGAUCAUGUGUACUAAUACUGAAGUGUGACACAUGAUCACUAAAUAACAUAACAUUAACAGUAUGUGAUUGUUAAGUCACGUGAUCGUGUACUGUUAUAUAACAGAUGCAUAAUAAUUAAUUUUAGAAUCUCUUGCAAUAAUUAUUCAGGGCUUGAAAUAAAUUAACGUUAUUCUAGUAUAUGAAUGACAAAAAAAGUGAUUAAAAGCAUCAUUCCAAUGACCAAUAUAUAAAUAUGUAUAAUAUAUGCAAAAAAAUGUCUUCCAAAAAUAAAAUUAUCUUCGUUAUAAUGUAAAAGGUGUAUAAAAAAUCUUGUGGUUUAUGCAUGAUAAAAAAUAAUAUAUCAAUAUUGUGUUGUAAAAAAAGACAAAUCAUAUCAAAUGAGCCAUAAUUUGAUUUGAAUUUUUCUAAUUUGGCGCAAAGGAUAAUAUUUUAUUGUUAGCAUUUUGUCAAUGUUUUUAAAGGUAAAUUGUAUAUAUGUAGUGAAUUUUAAAAUUUUACCAAAUGCAUUAAUUAUGUCAUUAAGGAUUGAGUGUUAAUAAAGAUAAAAUACAUUGUUA